AUGGACACUGAUCGACGACUUGACGCCGAGACCGCCACUCUUGACGCGUCCAACACAAUAGCUACCGAUAACGAAAAGCAGGCACCAGUGUAUUCACCGCCGCAAAUUCCCGAUGGCGGAGCGGUAGCAUGGGCCACGGUUGCUGGAGCAUGGCUUAUUCUUUUCUGUUCGUUUGGAUAUGUGAACGCCUUUGGGGUCUAUGAGGAUUAUUAUACCCGAAUCUAUAUGACCAAUAAAACCUCGUCCGAAAUUGCAUGGAUCGGAUCGACUCAACUGUGCCUCCAGUUCCUGAUGGGACUUGUUUCAGGCAAGUUGUUCGAUGAAGGAUACUUUCAUACCACUGUUAGCUUUGGAUCCAUCCUAUAUGCAUUCUGUCUAUUCAUGCUCUCGCUAGCAAAGCAAAACCAAUAUUACCAAGUGUUCUUACCCCAGGCUGUCGGCCUCGGGAUCUCUCUUGGUCUGGUAUUCUUGCCCUCGAUUGGUGUGAUCUCGCACCAUUUUGCAAGACGCCGUUCUCUUGCGAUGGGAAUAGUAGUCAGCGGCUCAUCAUGUGGUGGAAUUGUUUUCCCAAUCAUGCUAAACAAAACAUUCGAGCGUUACGGAUUUGCAUGGGGCGUCCGGUCGUCUGCAUUUGUGGUAUUGGGCUGUCUCAUUGUUGCUAACCUCUUGAUGCGGACUCGACUUCCACCUAAAUCAAAGCGCCCCCCUACUCCACCCCCAGAUUUUAAAGCCAUAAUGAGGGAUUCUACUUAUCUUUUCGCGAUUGCUGGUGCAUUCUUGGUAAUGAUGGGCUUAUUCUUGCCCAUUUUCUAUAUCCAAUUAUUCGCUGUUGUACAUGGAAUCGACCAAUCACUAGCUUUCUACUCGUUGGCUAUCCUCAACGCGGCAUCGAUAUUCGGCCGAACGAUUCCAAACUUUAUCGCUGACAAAUUCGGUCCAUUCAACCUCUUGAUUCCUUGCUCGGGAAUUAGUGCUAUCCUCAUCUUUGCCAUGUUUGGUAUCAAGUCCUCUGCUGCUUUGAUCAUCUUUUCGAUUCUGUAUGGAUUCUUCUCUGGAGCUUAUGUAUCGCUCAUUUCGCCCGUAUUCAUUUCCCUUGCGAACGGAUUUCAUGAAAUUGGUAUACGAAUGGGCAUCGCAUUCGCCAUUGUAGGCUUUGCAGGGCUCACAGGCACUCCCAUCGCCGGCGCGCUUCUCACUCAUGAACUGACAUGGUGGAAGCCCAUCGUAUUCUCGGGAGUCGUUGUUAUGGGCGGGUGUAUUAUGUUGGUCAUUGCCCGGGGAAUUCAAGCAAAGAGAAAGGGCACUGGAUUGGUUUAG